AUGUUGUCCCUGAUCCACCUCUCGUCCUCCACCUCUGCUGGUGUUCUCCAGAUGUUCCUGACUGUGUUCCUCAGUAACAAUGAGCAGCACUUCACCGAGGUGCCCAUCACGCCGGAGACCGUGUGUCGUGACGUGCUGGAGCUGUGUCAGGAGCCGGGCGAGGCCAGCUGUCACCUGGCUGAAGUGUGGAGAGGCUCAGAGCGAGCGGUGGGCGAGAGCGAGAGGAUGAUGGAUCUGCUGCUGCAGUGGGGACAGGAGAGGCCCGAGGUCCGGUUCUUUCUGCGUCAGGGCAGAUCACCCAACCUGCCCACAGGUAACACACACAUUAGACCCCUGCUUCAGACUCCAGCUCUCACUGAAGUACAGAGCAGGACUGCUGUAUUCACUUCUAAAGUCCUAAUGUCUGUCCAGUGCUGCGAGUCUUCACUCACAACCAAACAGCUCUCUGCCACUGGCUCAACUACAAACCCGUAUGUAGUCGAGGAAUGA